UUUUGUUAUCUUUUAUAAGGAAUCGUGAGAAAUCAGUCAACCUGAACUGAUGAUCAAAGCUCACAAGAGAGAAUUGUAAACAAUAUUAUUACGAAAUUUUAGAAUGUCAGGAAAACCAAAUAAGUCCCCUUACCAAACACCAGGGUAUCCUACCCAGGGUUACCCCACCGCUGGUUACCCUACUCAACAAUAUCAGCAAGGGCCACCAGGAUACAGUAGUAGCUUUGCUCAUGGCUCACCAGCUCCAGGUGUGACAGUAACUCACAUGGCACAGUCUUAUCAAUCUCCUGGAGCCUAUGGUGCACCACCUCAGGGACCACCACCACCCUAUUCAUACGCCCCUCCACAACAAGGUUAUACAACACAACAAGGAGGUUAUCCAACACAACAAGGAGGUUAUCCAACACAACAACCACAACCAUUUGUAGCCAAUAAUGUCUUUGAUUCAGGUGCCAGGUUUGAUGGAAUAGCACAGCCCAAUAUACCUCCUCCUCCACCAGGAUAUGCACCCAAUGCUGCCCAAUAUGCCCAAAUGCAGGGGCAGACUGUAAUAGGAACACAACAAAGGAGUAACUUCUGGACCGGAGGUAGUGGAGGUGGAUACACACUAGGAGGACUAUAAUUAUGUUACUAUGUAACUCAUUAACACUUCACACCAAUGUCAAAUCUUCAGCAUUCUAACGACUGCAUGAAAUCAAUAUUAUUUAGAUUUUUUUUUAUAGGUGAUUGGAAAAUUAAAAGGCCAAAGCUUCGUUAGAUUUAGGUAGAUUUAACUGAUGUGUGUAUACUUAUCAACAUAUAUGUGUGAAUUUUUAGGGAAUAUUGGAAUAUUUGUUUGUAUGAUUAAAAUUAAGAUCUUGUGUUCAUGAUUCCGUUACAAGGAUUUGACAGCAUUUUGUUCUAACUUCUAUUUUUAAGAACUUUAAGAAUGUGCUAGUUUUGUCACAAUGAUGCACACCUUAAAAGAUUAUAAUUCUGGCAUUGGUUGUAUUUCUAAAACAGAAAUUAAAAUGUGUUGCCAGAUCCUUGAUAGCAAAGCAUGGACACAUCACACAUGUUUGUGGGCAAAUCAGUAUUUUAAUCAGAUGGAAUAUUUGUAGGAUUAUACACUAAUCAUAUCAGAAAUCUUUUAAAUUAAACUUCCAUUUUGCAAUUUACCAGAAUUUUACAACAUUAAAAUCAAUUCUAAAAUGAAACCAAAGAAACGGUAUCUUUGAACCAUAUAUGGUAAUGUAUCCACUAUAAAUUCUUUAAUAAUGAGUAAUAUAAAAGUAUACGAUAAAUAUAUAUAUAUCGGUAGUGAUUAAAGCUUUCAAAAAGGUGGAAGGCAGCAGUACACCCACCUUCAUCAACAAUGUAUGAAACACUUUUUUUGUACUUGAAAACAUCACAUUUUUGGUAAAUAAACAUUAUGUGAUAAAGCCCUGGUUUAUAUCUUUUUGUAGUUGUCAAACUUAUAUUUUAUAGAGUAAUUUUUUGUCAUACCCGACUCUUAGUCAACAUUUUUUUUUUAAGUGUCUGUUGUUGAAAUUUUUGUUGUUUAAAAGUGAUAAAAUAAAUAUAUUAUAUCUUCAAGAUCAAAAUUUUCAUUUAUUUUAAGUAUAUGUAUCUACUAUUUAAGAUACUUUUGAUGUCUUUAUUGUAUAUAUUUAUUAUUGUUGAAUUAUUGUAUAUUUUAAUUGUUACUGUUUUCUGUGAUAUAAAUAAUUUUUCAAUAAAGUUGCAGAAAAUUC